AUGGAUAGUCAAGAGGUUUCUAUAGAUGUUGAAGCCCAGAUCGUGAAUAACGACGAUGAUCAAACCCUUCCUUUUUCAAUUUUUAAAAAGGCUAAUCGUCCUGUUACUUUAAAGUUUGAGAAUGUUGUGUACACGGUGAAAGUGAAGGAACCACAAGGCUGGCCCUGGCAAACCAACGACAAAACAGAAGAACGAACCAUCUUGAAGGGCUUAACCGGGAUCGUCAAACCGGGAGAGAUCCUGGCUAUGCUCGGUCCGUCAGGGAGUGGCAAGACCAGCUUGUUGACGGCUCUAGGAGGGCGGGUUAGUGAAGGCAAAGGGAAGCUCACAGGGACCAUAUCUUACAACAACAAGCCACUCUCCAGAGGUGUGAAGCGAACCACCGGUUUCGUGACUCAAGACGAUGCUCUUUACCCUCACUUGACCGUUACAGAAACCCUAGUCUACACCGCACUUCUCCGGCUUCCGAAUUCUAUAAAAAGAAAAGAGAAGAUCAAACAAGCUGAGGCAGUGGUGACUGAGUUGGGUCUAGAUAGAUGUAAGGAUACUAUCAUUGGAGGACCCUUCUUGAGGGGUGUUUCUGGUGGUGAGAGAAAAAGGGUUAGUAUAGGGCAAGAGAUUCUAAUAAAUCCUAGUUUACUCUUUCUUGAUGAGCCUACCUCUGGUCUUGAUUCGACCACGGCUCAGAGGAUUGUGUCUAUUUUGUGGGAACUGGCUCAUGGUGGAAGAACGGUCGUGACGACAAUUCAUCAACCUUCUAGUAGGUUGUUCUAUAUGUUUGAUAAGAUUAUGCUCCUAUCAGAAGGUAAUCCUGUCUAUUUCGGGCUUGGAUCCAACGCUAUGGAUUAUUUCACUAGCGUUGGAUAUUCCCCCUCCGUAGAAAGGAUUAAUCCCUCGGACUUUCUCUUGGACAUUGCAAACGGUGUUGGAUCAGAUGAAUCCCAAAGACCAGAGGCUUUGAAGGCAGCUCUAGUGGAGGUUUACAAGACAAAUCUGUUGGACAAUGUUAUCAAUGAGGUGAAAGGACCAGAUGAUCUUUCUGACCAAUCAAUAGAGAGUCCUUGUGGAGAGACCAACCAUUUUGGAGACUGGCCAACGACAUGGUGGCAGCAGUUUUCUGUUCUCUUGAAGCGAGGCCUUAAGCAGAGGCGACACGAUUCUUUCUCUGGCCUAAAGAUUACUCAGAUAUUGAUCGUGUCUCUCCUCUGUGGUCUCCUUUGGUGGCAAACGAGCAUUUCUCGCUUGCAAGAUCAGAUCGGGUUAUUGUUCUUUAUGUCAUCCUUCUGGGGAUUCUUCCCUCUGUUCCAACAAAUCUUCACAUUUCCUCAAGAGCGAAAAAUGCUCGAGAAAGAACGUUCUUCGAGCAUGUACAGGCUCUCAGCUUACUUCAUGUCUCGAGUUGUCGGGGAUCUACCAAUGGAGCUUAUUCUACCGUUCCUUUUUCUCGCCAUCACAUAUUGGAUGGCUGGUCUAAACCCUAGAUUCGAAAACUUUCUUCUGACCCUUUUGGUCCUACUCGUCCACGUCCUUGUCUCUGGUGGGCUAGGACUAGCCCUAGGUGCGCUAGUUAUGGACCAGAAGUCGGCCACGACACUCGGGUCAGUCAUAAUGCUCGCGUUCUUGUUAGCAGGAGGAUACUACGUUCGACAUGUCCCAGUCUUCAUCUCCUGGAUUCAAUAUGUAUCAAUAGGGUACUAUACCUACAAACUGCUGAUAUUGGGUCAGUACACGAAGAGUGAAUGGUAUCCUUGUGGUGAAAAUGGGAAGUUGAAGUGUUAUGUUGGUGACUUCGAAGGUAUUAAGCAUAUAGGGUUUGGUAGUGGAGUGGGCCCUGCCUUGGCUUUGGCUGCGAUGCUUGUUGGUUAUAGAUUUGUUGCGUAUCUCGCUCUGAUGAGGAUUGGUAAGACCAAAUCUGGUUAA